AUGGGAGGAUGUCUCAGUUUGUGUACAUUGGGCGGAGGUCAAAACCCCAACAUGGUUACGAUAUGGGUCAUGAAAGAAUAUAAAGUGCAUUCUUCUUGGACUAAAUUCUUUGUUCCACCUCUUGAUGACUUUCCUUAUGACUCAUUUGCCCCGAUGUGCUUUACUAAAGGUGUAGAUCUUUUGGGAUCAAGUUUAUGUGGAAGAUUAGUCCGGUUUAAUGGCAAGGGAGAACUGAGUGAGCGUCGUGAAUGUAGAGCAUGCAAUGGAAUAUGUGGAAUACUAAUGCAUUAUAAUAUUUAUAGAGAGAGUCUACUAUCACUUCCUGGUGACUUUGCUAAAGUUGAGGAAGAAGCAACAGAAAAUGAGAAGUCAAUUGAAGAUCAUGUAGCAAGAGAAGACGAGGAAGCAGCCGUAGAUGAAGAAAAAUAA